UCUCAACCCUCCGCCGGGGAGGAAGCCCCUCAAUUUUUAUCCAAUGUCGUCAAUCGCCCGACCACCAGACCCAUGUCUGGUCGCCAUCAUCUUAAUCGUACGCUCCCGCGCCGGUCCUCGCUUCGUGUUCCAUUACCCUCCCAACCCCCUCAGCGAGAACGGUUUCCGCCCAGCGCCCAAAGGCCGACGCCCCUCGCGCGCCAAAUCCGCCAAGAGCAACGAGUCGAGUUCCAGCGAGGAGUCCGGGUCGACAUCCGACGAGGACGAGGAGGAGUCGCAUGCCCAGAGUCAGAAUCCGAGCUCAACGCUUCUUGCGGGGAGUGCCCUGUCGGCGGGGCGACGGUGGAGCAAUUUCGGCCUCGAUGAGCAUGGCUCCGUGGCUGCUUCGCCAGGCGGCGAUUCACAGCGUCCUGGGUCUAUAGGGUCUGGUCGCGCGGUGCGGAAACGGGGUGGGAAUUCGGACGUCGAGGAUGAUCCUGCGGCUGGGUCGGAUAGGCAGGAGGAUGGAGCGGGGGUUUCGGGAGGGGGCCUCCGUCCGCCGUGGGAGUCGUUGCUUGGGCUGCCGGCUGACGUUUGGGAGAAGCUGUUGAGUCCAUCUCGAUCGUGGCACAAGCGGCGGUUUGAGGUGGGUAUUAAUGAUCUGGCGUUUGUUGGGUGGCCGGUCUUUGUUCGGGAGGAUGGAACGUGGAGGAAGCAGCGGAGGAAGAAGACCAAAAAGACUAGGGCGGAGUGGGAAGGAGGCGAGCUGGGUCAUAAUGAGAACCCGGAGGAUGUGCGCGACGAUGGGGAUGAGGCCAUUGCUGCUUCGACAGAGACCUUGAGCCCCCAUACGAUGACUGCGUCAGAAUCUCAACGGGCGUCGAUGGGAAGCGUUAAGAGUUCGAGGACGCUAAGUGAACUGCUUGAUGGUGAUGAUAAGGAUUCGAUGACCAUGUUCAAUGUGGUGUUUGUGCUGGAUCCUCCGCUGUUGGAGUAUUCCAUGCGUAUUCGGGAGAUCUACGAUAAUAUCACCAAGAAAUUUGCUAAAGCUUUGAAGUGGGAACAGGCGCGAACAGACUACGUUUGGCGCGAAGCCCAGCACAUUUCGCACAUCAAAGAGAAAGCGAAAGAAACUAGGACCUCUGUCAACACUCUCUACACGGAGCUCAUAAACCAGUCCUCUCUAGCGAGGGCAAUUUACACCAUUUAUAGCAGCAUUUCAGCGUCCAAGAUUGCUUCCGUUCCGCUGAGCCCAGACGUAUCUAUUUCUCUCCAAAUCCCGCCUCUUACCUCAACACCUUAUCUUCCUGGGCCAAGCGACAAAGCAUACCCAGGCCUUUGGCUUACAACAGCAGAUAGCGUUACCCCUGUUGAUGAUCCCACAGCAGAUGAAAACACUGCGCCGCAUCAUGUUCUGGCUAAACACUUUGCUUUAUUGCUACUCAGUGAUGAAGCGACAAUCCUCAAGGACGUAGAGGCAUCGGGAGGUGCUUUAGCUCCCGCGCUUGCCCACUACAUCCGAUGCUCCAAGCCGACGAAGUCGUUUGCCCAGAUAUCCGCUUCCUCAGGAAUACCGCUCUCCACCAUACAGAUGCUGGCGAGUCAUCUCGUGUACUGGAGGCGGGCACGCGCCAUUCCCCCGCUUCACCAGCGGGAUACGUACAUUGUCUCUCCGAACUGCGACCUUAGCAAACUAGAAAUAGCAACUACAGCAUAUCAAUUGGCGUUCCCAACCCUUCCCAGUUUGCCGAAGAUGCUGUCGGCCCUGAGCGGCACCCCUAGACCCUACGGCAGCUUUAUUCCGAGUAAAGACCACAAAGAAGCUUAUUUUGCGAUCCUGGCAUGGCUACUACGGGGAGGAUGGGUGACACAACUCCGAACAUUUGCGAGGGUGAAGGUCUCUCCAGAGAUUAAAAUGGCUGUUGAGAUGGCUCUUCGACGUGAGGAAGUGGACAAGUAUCUUAAGAAACAAGGAUCAUCCUUUCGCUCAGACACCAGCAAGCACAGCGACGAAACAUCCAAGGAUGAAGACAAUGACGAUGACGCCAGCUCGUCAUCAUCGUCCUCCCUCGCAAGUCAAGGUAGCGGGGAGGAAACGCCCAUGCCCGGCCGAUAUAAACCUGACGGCAAGCUACAUCUCUCGCACUCCCUAUUAGACCGUAACACGUCUCUGAAAACAGCAUCCUUGAUUCUGUUCCCUCAUCGCGCCUCACCGCUGGAGACUCGAUGGCUAGACGAGAUCGUUUCACGAUUUCCCGAACAGCCCAGGUUCUCCGUCCGAGGGAGAGCUAAUAUUGAUGAGAACGACCCGGAAUAUGCAGGGCUUCGAAUAUCCAUGAAGAAGCUCUGGCCGGCCUACAUUAAGUACUUCAAUGGGAUGGAUGCACUUGAGAAGGUACCGGUGCGUGAGAACCUGAAGCGUAAACUGGUCUGGCAGGUCCUUACGCGUCUGGGCCUAGUCACCAGUUCACAGUCAUCCAUCGAACUGAACCCCAGUGAGCAGGUGUUAAUCGGUGUCAGACAUUGGUAGCGCGUUGAUGAUCAGAUUUUAUGUAAUGACUGCACGACCGGUACAUGACUAUGUACAGUAGGACUAUUUCCGUAGGAAUAAUGAGACACCUAUAUGAUAAGUAUGACCUAUCAGCAUUCCGGAAAUAGAAUCCAGACCAUGAUUAUUUGACUAAUCCAAUGGCUUCCCAUCGUUGAUCA